AUGCCAAUCUCAAGUUGGACCCCUCCUCCGCCCCCGGACCCAAACACACUCCGCAAUCCCACCCCUUUCCCCCCUUUCCCGCUCGGCCAACUCCGCGCUGGCAAGAUCAAAAAAACUCUAGGCACAUCUCGUCUUGAGUCAGCGAUUUUCAAAACUCCCCUCUCCGGCCCCGUCACAAUAACAGUCAAUGGCAUAGUCGGCGAUGAGCACGCGUACGAAACGCACCGCAGCCCGGAUAAGGCGCUCUUGCACUACUGCACCGCGCAUUACAGACAGUGGAGUGAAGAAAUACCCGUAUCCGCGCAUCUCUUCCAGGGCGGGGCAUUUGGCGAGAACAUGUUCACUGAGGAGAUCAGCGAGAAGACGGUGUGCAUUGGGGACCGGAUCGCGAUCGGGGAGCAGGUCAUCGUCGAGGUUUCAGAGCCAAGGGCCCCGUGCUAUAAACUCAAUCAUCGCUUCGAGGUUAGGGAUAUGGCUCGCCGGACGCAGACGCUGCUUCGUACUGGGUGGUUGUACCGCGUUGUGAGGCCUGGGGUGGUGACGCAGGGUGAUGUGGUUAGGUUGUUGGAGAGGCCGUUGCCGGAGUGGACGGUUGCCAGGGUUAUGUAUUACUUGUUCCUUGAGACGGGGAACACGGAGAUGAUGAGCGAGAUUGUGGGAUUGGGUCCGCUGGGCGUGGAAAUCAAAGAUAAGUUCCUGGCUCGACUGGCAAAGGGCGGGGCGGUGGAGGACCAGAAUGGACGUAUGUUUGGCGGCGAGGAGGACAAAAUGGACGCGUGGAGUGAAUACCGUAUUGUGGAGAAAAGACGCGAGACUUCUACCGUCACUGCCUUCGUCCUCGAAGCUCUCGACGAUAUGAAGUGCCCCGACCCUGUGCUUCCAGGGAGCCAUGUCCGCCUCAAACUCGGCGGCAACCUCGUCCGCGCUUACUCCGUCGUCGCCGGCACAUCGAAGCGCUUCGAGCUCGGCAUCGCGCUCGACGCCUCAAGCCGCGGAGGUUCAAAAUUCCUCCACGAGCAAACAACAACCGGCGACAUCCUAACCGCCAGCCGCAUCCACGCGAGCUUCCCCCUCGCCCCCUCCGCAACACAGCACAUCUUCAUCGCCGGCGGCAUCGGCCUAACCGCCUUCCUCACCGCCCUGCACACCCUCCACUCCACCUCCCAACCAUUCCACCUCCACUACGCCAUCGCCUCCGAACUCCCAUUCAAACCCCACAUCGCCGCCCUCGCCCCCCACGUCACCCUCUACAACAAAUCCCGCGCCCAACGCAUCCACCUCCCCUCCCUCCUCGCCCACACACCCCCAUUAGCACACAUCUACACCUGCGGCCCGGAGCGCCUCAUGCACGCCGUCCGCCACGCCGCGCUCGCUCGCGGAAUUCCCCCCGCGCACAUCCACAGCGAGGCUUUCACGCUAACAACCUCCGGCGCCCCGUUUACCGCCGAGUUGAAGCAGAGUGGGAAAGUGGUGGAUGUUGGCGCGCAGCAGACGCUGCUUGAUGCGCUGAGGGCGGUGGGGAUGGUGGUUGAUAGUAGCUGUGAGGUGGGGAAUUGCGGGACUUGUAGGGUGGAGGACUUUACUGGAGGGGCUUGGGAGUAG